CUCCUUUCCAAUUCCUUCCUUCUUUCCUUCCUUCCUUGAAACAUACACUACUAUUUCCAUGUGUGGUCUUGUGGUAUAAAACCAAGCUUCUUCCUUCCCUUUUGUCUCUCUCAUCUCAUCUACCUAUCUCAUCUCAUUCUUCUCAUUACUCAAAAACCCCUCAAACUCAAAUUUAUCAACUCCAAAUACAUUAACAAAAAUGGAUUUCAUCAAGAACGCAACGGGUGGAUCGUCUACCAACAAUAACAACAACCAACAGGUUCAACCUGGAGCUGGUGGUGUACAAGGACAGGCACAAACACAAGCACAGGGUCAGACAGAUGAUUAUGGUGAUAAGGGUAUAUUCCCUUUUCUUUCCCUUUCCCUUUCCCUUCCCCUUUCCAAUUCCAAUUCCGAACCCGAUGCUAUUCAUCCGCCAUUCGCUGUAUAGUCAGAAGAUGGUUUUUGAUAUUUGGUGUUUUUGUUUGUGCAUGUUUUGUAUAUAAGGCUAUAUAGUAUGGUGUGCUAACCUUUGUUUGUGAUGGCAUAGGAUUGGCAUUCGCGGAAAAACAAUCGGGACAUAGUCUUGGACGGGAGACGAAUGAGAAGGUUACUGAUGGGGCGAGGGGGCUUUAUGAGAAGGCUACUGGGUAUGUUUAUUUUUCUUCUCCCCUCCCAUGAUGUGUGAGGUGUGUGGGGUGUGGGAUGGAUGGGAGAUAGGGAUUUGCUAAUUUGUGGGAUUGUGUAGAAAUAAGGUUGAUCCUAAGUUCUCGAAUUAGCUUGGGACUUGGGAGGGAGUAGGUUGUUGAUGGUUCAUGGGGGAUAUAUGGGAACUAAGGGGGAGGAGAUGUGAAUGGAUAUAGAUAUGGAUAUGGAUAUU